UGAUUCCUGUUACACAGUGCCACCUUAAUGUUCAGAAUUCUUGCAGUUUGCUUAACAAAAUGAACCCACAAUUAAAGCAUGAUCAUUAAAAACACUCUCAGAUUAAGUAUUGUGAUUGGAGGUCUCUUUUCCAGUAAAACCAUGACCCAAGGUCGUGUGUCUGGGUGUGGCUCUGUGUAAAUUAUCAAAGAAUCUUAGGAACCAGGAGAAUAAAGCUUUGAGCUGCUCUCUCUAGAGCAGUGGUUCACAACCUUCCUAAUGCUUCCACCCUGCAAUACCGUCAGGAUUUUUUUUUUUAAUUUAGUUUAAUACCCUCAGGCUGGGGUGAGCCCCAACAAUAAAAUUUAUUUUGUUGCUAUUUUAUAACUAAUUUUGCGACUGUUAUGACUUAUAAAUAUCUGGUAUACAGGAAAUCUGAUACACGACCCCCAGGAAACGGUCAGUGAGUCCUUCCAAAGGUCUCCUGAUUUACAGGUUAAGAAGGGGUCCUGUAGAGUGUGAUCUGCGCUCCGAGCGUGCAAGUUCUGUGCUGCGAAAUCCCGCCUCUUCCUAAUCACGUGGGGCACGUGCCGUUUCCUUUGUGCGAAAGGACAAACGAUGCUGUGAACACCACAAUGGCCAGGAACGGCAAACGCAGGAUUGGGAUGGUGACCAGGAGCUAGGAUCCCAGGCUAGCUAAGCUCUCCACCAUGCCCGUGGGCGUACCCUGGUCCGCCUACUUGAAAAUGCUCUCCUCCAGCCUCCUGGCCAUGUGCGCCGGGGCCCAGGUGGUGCACUGGUACUACCGGCCUGACCUGACAAUACCUGAAAUUCCACCAAAGCCUGGAGAACUCAAAACGGAGCUUUUGGGACUGAAAGAGAGACACCAUGAACCUCAGGUUUCACAGCAGUAGAAACUUCAAAAUACAGCUGUGCCAAGAAUUCUAUGAAUAAUGUCUUAAAUAUGUAUUUUAAAAUUUACUGAGUAAAACUACUUCUCAAAACACCUAA